UUUGCUCAUGAGCUUCCGAUUUACCUUUCUCGAUCUCUAACCUCCUCCUCCCUCCCUCCCCAUUGCUAUGCCCGUAAUUCCCGUCGCAAAUAAUGGUGGCCCUCGCCGCUCUCUAACCUGGUUCGUUGGUGGAGGUGUCCCCGUCAGUGCACCACCCUGGAGUAAUGGGGUGGGGGAAGAACCCAUGCCCGUCGUGCGGCCUCCCUGCGCUGUCGCGGGUCACCAUUAUUUGCGACGCCUACGAACGUGGGUUCCCCGAAUCCUGCGUCCACGUCUUGGGUCCGAUUAUGCGCCAGCCUCCGCCACCACCGCUGCCCAGCCGCCCUGGUGUGCGGGUGCGGCGGCCUCCUGUAGCGGUGACCCAGGACUGGAUGGUCAAAAUUGUGAUGCAGCAGUCAAGCAAACAAGAUUGCUAGCUGUUAACGGUCGCUUGGUUCCGGAGUCAUCACUGAGGCCUGUUACAGGAAGAAACUCUGGUAUCCUCAAGCAGCAAAAGAUCAAUUUGCUUGAUAUAGACGCAGCGUUGCCUGAGGAAGCUUUGAGAGCCUCAAAGUCUCAACAAAUAAGAAGGCGUUCAUGGCGUGCUUUCAUCAAACAUGCAGAAUCAAUAUCCGAGAUGGUACUGGCGACCAGCAUGUUGGAGAGAGUGAUAAAAUCCGAGUUCUUGAAGAAUGAUUGGUGGUACUGGUCCUCCUUCACAGUAGCUAUCAAGACCUCAACUGUAUCCUCGCUCGCUCUCAGGAUCUACACUCUUGACGACUGUAUCAUGUACACCAAGGAGCCUAACAUCGUGCUGGCUACAAAGGUUGUAAACAAGGGGAUGACGAGGAAAGAACCAGAACCAUCGGUGUCAUACUCUGCGCCGAUUGAUCUAUUUUAUACCCCAAACUUAAGAUGUUCUGCAGAGCAGUGCAAAACAAUUUGAUGCUGUGGUGAUAGAUAGAGAUGCUAUAGACAGUCUUCCAUUAUGUGGUCCCUUGAGACUUUAGGGCUAGCUUUGAUUAUGCUGUUCCUGCAACGCUGCAGCCUUGACCGUUCAUUUUAACAAGUCAUAUUUACCAGACAAUAGUUGUGUGCCUUACUUAUGUUAGGGCCAACGAA